AUGAACAUCAAUAACAGAGUUGGACCUGAUGAAUCAACAGUAGUUAAUCUUAAUACGGCACGAUUACGAACAUUACUUGAACAUUUUCGAAAACGAAAACUAAUUUGGAUAAUACUUUCCAUUAUUUUUAUUGCUGCAAUUAUAAUUAUUCUAACAAUUAUUGUUACAGGAAACAAAACAAAGAAGGAAAAAACACCAACAAUAGAGAUAGCAACAGCAACAACAACAGAGAUAACAACAGCAACAACAACAGAGAUAUCAACAGAAAUAUCAGCAGAGAUAACAACAGAAAUAUCAGCAGAGAUAACAACAGUAACAACGACGACGACGACGACGACGACAACAACGAUAACAACAACAACAACAACAGCAACAGUAGCAACAACAACAAUAACAACGACAACGAUGACAAGUGAACAAUUAAUUCCUCCUGUUGUCAUUAGUAACAAUACAAAAUGGAAACAGAAUGCAGUUACUGUUGCUGGAGGACAUGGACGAGGGAAUCAACUAAAUCAAUUAAAUCUGCCUUUUGGUAUUUAUGUUGAUAAUGAUGAUGAUAGUAUUUAUAUUGCUGACACUGAAAACCAUCGUAUUGUUAAAUGGGAAUUUGGUGCGGACAAAGGUCAAAUAGUUGCAGGUGGAAACGAACAAGGAAGUGGAAUGCAUCAGCUGAAUUAUCCAGUGGAUGUAAUUCUUGAUAAAGAGAAGAAAUAUCUCAUCAUCUGUGAUCAUCGCAACAUCCGAGUGAUGCAAUGGUCUCUUCAAAAUAGCCAGGAUCGACUAAUAUUAAUAUAUCCUAUCGUUUGUUGGGGUUUGGCAAUGGAUAAUAAUGGAGAUCUUUAUAUUUGUGACUGGGGAAAACGUGAAGUCAGACGUUGGCGACAAGGAGAUAAACAAGGUACACUUGUAGCAGGUGGGCAUGGAGAAGGAAAUCACCUUGAUCAAUUCUAUGAACCUAACUAUAUUUUUGUCGAUGAAAACCAUUCAGUUUAUGUAGCGGAUUACAGAAAUAAUCGUGUGAUGAAAUGGAUGAAAAAUAUGACUGAAGGCAUUCUUGUUGCUCCAGGACAAGUUUCCAGCGAAAAUCCUAAUUCAUUGUUUUAUCCCAAAAGUGUGAUUGUUGAUCAUAUGGGUAAUAUUUAUGUGUCAAAUGGUCAAAGUCAUCAAAUAACGCGUUGGUCGUCAGGUGCAGUAGAAGGUGCUCCUGUCGUUGGUGAAAAGAAUAUAGGAAGCGGACCCACGCAAUUCAAAUAUCCAUCUGAUUUAUCAUUUGAUCGACAUGGUAAUCUUUAUGUUGCCGAUAGAGACAACCAUCGAAUACAAAAAUUUUUUAUUGAUCUUGACUGA